AAAAAAAACAGCUGAGAUUUAUGUUUAAUAUCUUGAAAAUAUAUACAUGUUUUAAACAAUUUAUAAUUAACAAAAAUUAAUAAUUAAGAUAAAAAUAUUGGCUGUGUUAUUAAUUAGACAUUAUGUCGACAAAAUCAACAGUUGAUUUGAGAGCUGAAUUAGCUGAAUUAGUUAAAAGAAAAGCUGAAAUUGCUGACACAUUGGCUAAUUUAGAGAGACAAAUAUAUGCAUUUGAAGGUAGUUAUCUUGAAGACACACAAUUGUAUGGUAAUAUUAUUAGAGGCUGGGACAGAUAUUUAGCAAGCAAUAAAAAUACAAAUAGUAAAGCUGACAAGAGAAAUAGAAAAUUCAAAGAAGCUGAAAGAUUAUUUUCAAAAUCUUCAAUCACCUCAAUGGCUGCUGUUAGUGGUCUAGUGGAAAAUACACAAGAUAAAAUUGAUCGAUACAGUGAGUCAGAAUCCCAGAUGAACAGUGGAAGUGAGGAUAAUUGCAAUUAUGGCAAUUCAAAUAUGGUGACAUCGGGUAAUAGUAAAGAAUCAAGUGGUAAAAAUCAUACGUCAAUACAAUCUGGUUAUUCACAAAAUAAUGGUACAAUUAAUAAUGAUAUUGUUAGUGGUGGAUUAACAAAUGGUCCAGCAUUAUCAAAUGGUAGUAUUGAACGUCAUCAAGUUAUUUCUACACCAGCUAAAGACGGUCAUAAUAGUAAAGAAUCAAAUAAAAAUAGAACAUCAAAUAGUGUUAAAAAAAAUAAUAAUAAACGUUCAAGAACUGGAAGAUAAAUUAAUCCUUCUAUAAAUAUCUAUUAUUAACAAAAAUAAUGGCUUAUUACGUACAAACAAAAAAACAACAACAACAACAAAAUA